AUGGAUGCACCUUCAAUUUACACUUCAGAAUUAAUUAAAUCACUAUUAAAAAGUGAUAAUGAGAAUUAUAAAGUCGUUCCAAAUAAAAGUCAACGCGUUUCAGCUGCAUGCUGGAAGAAUAGGGGUAUGGGUUUUCCAGCUAAAAAAUUAAAUAAUAAAGAUGAAUUUACUGUUAUUCCUGGCUUUGCAUCAUGUUCCAAAUGUUUCGAAACUUAUCGCUAUGUUAAUUCAAGUACCACACAUAUUAAUGCUCACAAAUGUCUUAACUUAUUACCAUCAGAUCAAACAUCGCUUGAUCAUCAUUUUCCAUCUAAAUCACUUGCUCAUCAAACAGAACAACGAACAGUUCCAAUAACAAAAGCUAUUGCAAGAAAGAAAGAAGCAAUGAAGAAGGUGUGUGCUGUAUGGAUCGCGCAUUCGAUGCGUUCUUUUAAAGUUGUUCAAGAUCCAGGUUUUAAAGCUGUAAUCGGCGAAUGUCUAAAGAUUGCUGCUAAUGAAAGAUUAUUACUGAAGGAUCGGUUGGUUGAGGCCGUAAAGUAUGGUGGUGUCUGCAUUAGUCCAGAUAUUUGGAGUGACCAAUAUCGUAAAAUCUCAUACUUAGGUGCAACAGCUCAUUUCGUUGGCAAAGAUACUAAAUACUAUUCUGUUGAUUUAUUUUGUACUGAAUUUACGGCAAGGAAAAAAAGUGGUGAAAACAUAAUGAAAUUAUUACGCACGGAAUUAGCAUCGUUUGGAUUAGAAAAUUAUUUAUCUGAUAUUAUAUUUGUUACUGAUCGUGGUGCCAAUUUCAUAAAAGGUUUAAAUGGUUUCACAACUGAUAGAGUUACAACGACAACAAAAACUGUUAUCGAACGAAUAGAAAAAACACCUAAUAAAACAACUAAAUAUAGAACCACCAUUGAAGCAUCACCAGAAAUAGAUUCUGAGGUCGAAAUGACCGAUGAUGAAAAUACUUACGAUACGGAUGAAUCUGAAAUUACUGAUGAUGACGAUAUUGAUUAUUCGAGUAUUACAAUUUUUAAUUUACCAACAUCGGCAAAAAAGGUUUUAGAUACUAUUCGUUAUUGCAAAGCCUUGGUAAAAUAUAUUAAAAAGGCCAAUCUCAAUCGUCAUAUUCAACUUGAACAUGAAAAAGAAGAUUAUAAUCCAACAGCCGACGAAGAUGAAAGCAAAAAGCAAUUUUCAAAAUUUACCACUCUUCAUCAAUGUUCAGCAAUUCGAUGGCUUUCUUUACAUGAUCUACUAUCAAGUAUUCAAAAGGCUUAUCAUCCAUUAAAACAAAUUUUAAAUGAAAAACAAGAGUCAUCACGACUCGAGAAAAUCAAUAUAAAUGUUGUAGCUCAAUUAAUUAAAUUUCUAGAUCCAUGGAAAUAUGUAAUGAAUGAAAUUCAACUUAGCAAUUCACCAUCAUUAUUUAUAAUUUUACCUUGUAUCGCUUAUCUGAAACAACAAAUUACAAAAAGUGAACGAACAAUGAGAGGUGGCAUGAGUUUUUUCGCCAAACGAUCAAUACAAUUAUUAGAAUCCAUGUUUAAAAUUGAAAAUUUGCAUGUUAUGGGAACAUUUUUACAUCCAAAUUAUAAACAACUAAAGCAUGCUACACAAAUACAAAUAAUUGAAUGCCAUAAUUCAUGUCGAUUGGCAAUUCCACCAUCGUCUACUUCAACAUAUUCAGUAUCUGAUGAUAACAAUGAAAUUAAUGAGCCAUUAACAAAGAAACCGAAACGCUUUUUAGAAUCCUUAAUGGAUGAUAUAACUCCACCACAAGUAUCACAAACCAAGGAUGAAGUCGAUGUAUAUAUUGAUUUACAACUGAAGGAUAAUGAAAUUUAUACAAAUCCACUUACAUUUUGGCAACAACAUGAAUAUACGUUUCCUCAUUUAUCCAAAUUUGCACGGAAAAUCUUUGCUGUUCCAUGCAGUUCUGCGGCAGUAGAACGGGAAUUUAGUGCUGCUGGACAAUUAGUUACACAACGUCGUUCUAAUAUCGAGCCUAGCACAAUCAACGAUAUUCUUUUUCUUCGUUCAAUAGAAAAUAGUAAAAGACUUAUAUAA